UAAACAAUAAACAAUAACACGCUGGGAGAACAUGCGAGAUGGACGCAGCAGCACCUGUGAACAUGGAUGAAACUCCAGAACCGCCCACAAAGAACAAAAUACAAACCUUUGUGUUCCUGGACACAGAGGCUACGGGUCUGAUUGGAGAUGAUACAAGAAUUUUGGAAUUGUCUUUGAUAGCUGUGUCAAGGGAGGAUUUACUGAGUAUGAAAGACAGCCAAAUCCAAAAAGUAGACAGCCCAAAAGAUGAAGUCAGCAAAACAAACGGCACAAAAACUUACUCAGCAGUACCAAAGCUACCCCGUGUGUUACAUAAAUAUACCAGACUAUAUUAUCCUCGAAAGCUGAUAACACCAAAGCUUGAAGAGAUCACAGGGCUCAGUAACGACAUGCUCCAUCACUUGCCAGGCUUUAGAGAUGCCAGUGCUGAGGCCCUAAACCUCUUCCUGGAUCUCCCACAACCAGUGUCACUUGUGGCCCAUAAUGGCUCAAGAUAUGACUUCCCGUUGCUGAAGGCAGAACUGAAUAAUGUCUCUGCAUUGGAAAAGUUUUGCGAUCUGCAAUGUGUGGAUACACUGACAGCCAUCAAGGAUAUAGACAUAACCCAGCAAAGGGAGUGUGAACGACGGGAUAUUUUAGAGAUAACAGAGCUUGCAGAGUCAUUUCAGCUUGAGGAAAUGCACGAUGAACUAAUGGAGGUAGGCCCAAUCAGCAAGAGGUCUCGGUAUGAAAUCAAAGAGGAAGAAAAGCCCCAAGCAGUCAACGGAACCCUCGAGUCGGCACCCAAUCAGGAAGCUAAUCAUCCAUUACUAGAAGUGUCACCUGAAGUGCCCAUCACCCCAGUAAAGGAUCACAUUCCAGGAAAAGGACCCAAAAUGCCAGCAACACCAGUGAAGCCUAAGGAGCCAAUGGAAUUACCCAUCACACCAGAACAACAGUCUAGAGUGUACCUCCCAGGAACACCAGGAUUCAUUCCUCAGGCAGGGAGCAGCACAAAGAAAGUCCGUCGCAGUCUGAAUUAUGGUGAGAAUAACAAGAGAAAAUGGGAUGGGACAAAGCCUUAUACUCAGAGUAAUAUUUACAAGAGAUUGUUUGGCUGUACUUUUGAAGCUCACCGCGCUGAGAACGAUUGCCAAGCAUUACUGGAAAUUUGUGGUCAUUAUGGGGAAAAGUUUGUUGAAUGGGCUGACACUUUUUAUGAGAGAUUUGUUGAAGUUAAACCCAUGUGGGUCAAAAGAAGAACAUUUCACCUCAGCUAAAAUACUAAUGCCAGUUCAAAUCUUCGACAAAUUGAUGGAAAUGAAUUUUUUUUGUGUAUUCAGUUUUAUGUUAUUUAAAUUUUUUUUUUUUUUUAUACUAUUUAGUCAGUUGCACAUUUUUUGUAUUUGUAUUAGAUUAUUGAAUUUCAAUUAUAUAUAAUUGUAGAUAUACAUGCAAACUUAAAUGUAGAUAUAUACACAUCUAUACAUAUACAAGUAUAUAUAUUUUAAAGUUUAAAUAUAACUAAAUUUUUAUUAAAAUUUUAGUAAUUUGGCAAACAUUGAAGUUUAUAUAAUUAAAUUUUAUAAAUUUGUUGGCACAUUUUGAUGUUUAAUAUUGCAAUGAGUGUAUAUUAAGUUCAUAUUAAGUAUACAUAUAUAAUUUUCUUGCCAGGGAAUAUAAAUUGAAUAUUAUAAAAAAUCUAAAAUUUCUUCUGAUUUCAAGGGUGUUGGCAAAUAAUGAACUUAUUAAUAUGCACUUAUUCUUUAUGUAACUUAACAGUAUUGUUAAUUCAUGUUGAAAUUUUAACAUUAAGAAAUACAUUGAAUUGUAUGUUUUAAAUUGGUAAUCUUUGAUAAUGUAUAAUUCAUGGAUUAUAAGUUUAAGUCAAUAUAUAUGGCAUCAUUUUAUCCAGAUGUUUCAUGUAUAAAGGCUUUUAAUUUCAUAAAUAAUUUAGUUAAUUAGUUCAAUAAAUAAAAAAAUCAUGUAAGCAAUGAAUUGGUGCAAAUCACUAUAUUUUUAAACUUUAUGGAUUCAUACUAGUUCUAUUAUAAUAAUAGUAAUAAUUAUUGUUAUUAUUAUUAUUAUUUGGUAUGAAGUAUGAGAAUCACACCUUGAAUUGUUGUUGAUACUAUUAUUUAUUGAAGGAAAGUUGAUCCCCUACAUUGGGCCUCAGUCUCUGUUUCCUAAGCCCCCCCCCCCCCCCCCAUGGCAACAAGCAAGAGAUUGAGGGGGUUGUAAUUGAUAGGAAAGAUUUGUCACAAUUACACACACGCACACACAUAUACACAUAGAAAUAUACUUUAUUACUGCUCAGUAUUUGAUUUAUGCUUUAUGUCCAUAUACAAUGACCGAGAUAGCUUGAUAUAUUUAAGAAAUUAAAGAAACACAAUAUAAUACUUGUGUUAGCCAAGAUGUUUAUCACUGCCUUAUCGUGUUCUUCCUAUUUUUUCACAUACAUAACGGAAUUCAUUAAUUCAGUGAAUAUGAAAGUCCCUGCCAUAUAUGCUUUGUCAUUGUUCAUCAUCCCCAGCUGAUUCUAUACAUUUUAUCAUUAGUAAACAUUGUGCCUUUCUUAUGAAAAGUUGUUAGGAUAAAAAAAGAGAGAGUGCAUGAAAUUUUUUAUUUGUAAUGCAGUGAAAGUGAAGUAUACUGUUAAAUGUACAGUUAGUGUAUUUUAUUAAUAUGAAUAGUGUAUAUAUAAUCUGUAAUAGCAUUUUAUAAGAAAAUUAUGUAUUUUACUGUGAAAAUUUUAAUACAUUUUGAAAGAAG